CUGCUUCUCGCUAACGGACUCCACUCCUGGUUCCAGUUCUCUAUCUCCUCUCAUCUCUCCUCUCCAGAAGACUCUCAGCAGUUAUGCAGUCCAGCUACAGCAUCAGCAGCGGCGGGCCAGCGAUGAUGUCCCGGCAGAACUACAGCUAUUCAACCAGAGCCGCCCCGAGGGCUCAGAGCUUGUCCGGACUGAGCUUUGGGGGUCCUCGCAUCUCUUCUGCCACAAUGCGCACCGUCUCCUCCGGGUACGGCGGCGGCUACGGAUCCGGAGCGGGCACCUUCGACCUGUCCCACGCUUUGGACCAGAACACCGUUCAACUGAACGAGAAGGCCACCAUGCAAAACCUGAACGACCGUCUGGCCUCCUACCUGGAGAAAGUGCGCUCCCUUGAGGCUGCCAACGCUAAGUUGGAGAUGCAGAUCAGAGAGUACUACGAGCAGAAGGGCCCUGCAGCCGAGAGGGACUACAGCAACUACUGGGCCAUCAUCAACGACCUGAAGGACAAGAUCAUGGGCGCCACCAUCGGCAACGCAAACAUCCUCCUCCAGAUUGACAACUCCAAACUGGCUGCCGAUGACUUCAGAACUAAAUACGAACACGAGCUGAUGAUGCGCCAGUCUGUUGAGGCCGACAUCGCCAACCUGCGCCGCCUGCUUGACCAGACCACUCUGACCAAAGCGGACCUGGAGAUGCAGAUCGAGGGCCUGCAAGAUGAGCUGGCUUACCUCAAGAAGAACCACGCCGAGGAGCUGGCAGCAAUGCGAUCACAGCUCUCUGGCAACGUCAAUGUGGAGGUUGACGCCGCACCCCAGCAGGACCUCAGCAGAAUCCUGGAGGAGAUGCGCACGCAGUACGAAUCUAUCACCGACAAACACCGCCGCGACCAGGAGGCUUGGUUUAACGAGAAGUCGGCCGCCCUGUCUAAGGAAGUGACCAUCAGCACAGAGACCAUCCAGACGACCAAGACAGAGGUCGGGGACUUGAGACGCACGCUGCAGGGUCUGGAGAUCGAGCUGCAGUCUCAGCUCAGUAUGAAAGGGGCGCUGGAGAACACGUUGGGAGAGACGGAGUCUCGCUACAGCGCUAUGCUGGCCAACUUCCAGAGCACCAUCAACAUGCUGGAGGGGGAACUAGCCAACGUGCGCGCCAGCAUUGAGCAGCAGGGCCAGGACUACAGGAUGUUGCUGGACAUCAAGACCAGACUGGAGCAGGAGAUUGCGACCUACAGGAGCUUGCUAGAUACCGAAGAGUCCAGGCCAAUUGUCUCAGGGAGCACUAAGACCACAGUCACAAAAACCACUGUGCGCAGUUCCAGCUAAAGGGUCCAGUCGACAGGACGGCACACACAUGCAAACACACACACACACACAGACACACUCUGAGUAAUAAAAGCUGUUACACCAGAUAAGCAAAGUGGGAAAAUAAUAGAGAGGAGAUGAAAGUUGUUUGAUAAGGAGAGGAGAAGAAAAUGGGCGGGGCACUAGAGUAAGUUACUAGUAUUAAAAAUACCCUGACUAUGAAGUAGGUCUUUAGCUCCCAUACUAUUGCUGCCUUAGUCUGACGACUUAAAAACACACCGACCUCCACAUCACGUAGAACAAAAAAAGCACAUUUUUUAAACACACACGCGAGUCUGAAAAGGCGGAAAUGUAAGACAGGUCCCCUUUGGGUUUGUAAAAACCACUCAGAAAAAAGUUUGUACGUGUGUGUGUGUUUGCAUGUCUGGAAACAAAAUAAACCUGCAAGAAAAAAA